GUCAUUAACAUUCCUCCAAGCACCAUCAAGAUUCAAGCACAUAGUUAUCAUCAAUUCCCCAGCUAGUUUUGGCCACGCCUGCAUCUUCUUCUGCUUUAAGCUAUGGCCUCUAACUUCAGCUUGAGAACUUUGAUGAUAUUUGCCCUUGCAUUUUCUCUCGCCCUGCAAGGCACUCUUGGAGGGAUAGAAUGUGAGAGUCUGAGCCAUGACACAUGCUCAUUCGCCGUGACAUCUGCUGGCAAACGAUGUGUGCUUGAGAAGCAGGUGAAGAGGACUGGUGAGGAAGCAUACACAUGCAGGACAUCAGAGAUUGAAGCUGAUAAACUGAAGGACCACAUUGAAACUGAACAAUGCAUCAAGGCUUGUGGUUUGGACAGAAAGUCCCUUGGAAUCUCAUCAGACUCUCUUCUUCAAUCUAGCUUCACGCAAAAGCUCUGCUCCCCCAUCUGCUACCAGUGUUGCCCAAACGUUGUUGACUUAUACUUCAAUCUGGCAGCUGGUGAAGGUGUGUUUCUUCCCAAGUUGUGUGAAGCACAAGGUCUAAAUGCUCGUCGAGGAAUGGCUGAACUGAAAAGCUCUGGUAUCGUGGCACCGGGACCUGUGCACGGUGUGCAGUUCACAGCUACUCCUCCGAUUAACCCUGUGGAGCUCACAAUUGAACCUGCCGUUGCCCCAUCACCAAACUAAAGUCAAGUCUAGUUUUUUUAGAACACGCAAAAGAAAUUGAGAAAAGCGUGUAUUAAACAACUUAGCAUAUACUAGUAUACAGAUGAGAGUGGCAUAUAUACUAUAUUUUGUUUGUAAUAAUGAAGUUGCACCUAAAUAUGGUUUGUGGUACAAUAUGUGGCAGGAAGUGGUCUCCACGUUAAUAAGGUGUAACUUCCACUAUAUUAUAAAUUAUAGUUAAAAAAUUAUAUUGAUAUAAAUUAUAGCCAAUUAUACA